AUGAGUCACCAUUUUAAAAAUGAUGGUAGUUAAUUAGCUUACCAUGCUAGUCCUUCAAGGACAAUGCAAGAGGUUAGUGAAUUAUCUAGAGAAUAAGCUAUUAAGAAACUUUAAGAGAAGAAAAUAUAAGAAUUGGAAUAUAAAAUCAAACAAUAGGAAGUUGUAAUAUAGAGAUAAUAAGCAUAAUUAAAUGAUGCUUCUAUGGAAGCAGCAAAGAUUAGUAGAUAAUUUUAAGAUGCUUUGAAUGAUUUAAAUUAGUUAAGAUAAUCAAGUGAUAAGAAGGAUUAAUAAAUAGGAAUGUUGUUAGAAGAGAAUGAAAAAGUAGUUAAGGUUUUAGAGAAGUUAAAAUCGGAUUAAAAAGUAAUUAAUGGAGAUUCAAAUAAAACUAUAUAAAGUUUAGAGUAAUAAGUACGUGAUCGUUAUUAAGUUGAGAAGCGAAUGAAUGAUGAAAUACAAUAGAAAACAUUUCAAGUAAGAUUUAAAAUAAUGUAGAUUGCAAGUUUAGAGUAGUAACAAUAAGAAUAAUUAUAGGAAAAGGAAGCAAUAAUUAACGAUUUGAGAGAGAAAUUAAUAGUAUCUGAGAAAUAAUGGUCAACAGAUGCAUCACUUGGACAUUUAGCAAGAAAACGAGGUAAAUAGAUAGAGACACUUACACAUGCAAACAAUGAAUAGUAGUUGAAAAUAUAGGAGUUAUAGAAUAAGGUUUAAAUGCUAUUAGAAUAGAAUUCUAAUUUAUAAAACACUAUUUAAAAAGAUUGCAAUAGAAUUGAAGAUUUUAAACAAUUACUAAAAUAAUUAGAAGAGAAACAUAGAGAAUAGUUAGAAAAGUAGAAUGAAAUGAAUGAAUAAAAAAUUGAGAAACUCAAAUAAUAACAUCAAGUGGAAAUGUAAAAUAAGACGGAUACUUUGGAAGUUAUUAAAGGAGAUUUAAACUAGAAAGUAAAUCAGAACAUGAAAAAUUCUACUUAACCAAUAAUAGAGGAAUUGAAAUCAGCCAGAAAAACUAUAAAGGAUUUACAAUAAGAAGUUUCGAAAUUAAAAUUAUCUUUAUAUAAAUCUCUUUAAGGAGAGGCUGAAAAUAUUUAAUAUGAAUUUGAAUAAUUGAAUAAGAAAAAUAAUUAAUUGAAUGAAUAAAACUUUUAAUUGUAAUAGAAACUUAAAAAAGAAGAUCUCAGCAACAAAGCAAAAAUUGCAGAACUAGAAAAGGCUAAUGAAAAAUUAUAGUCAGUACAAUAGAUAAAUGAGACAAAGAUUGAUGAAUUGUAGUAGAAAUUAAAGGAAUUACCUAGAUUUAGAGAGAAAAGUUUAGAGAACAUAAAAUUUCAUGUUGAUUCAACUAAAUAAACAUGUGAAUUAGAGACUAAGAUAAGAAAAUUACAAGAUAAAAAUUAAUCGUAAAAUUAGGAAAUAAAAGAGAAGGAUUAGAAAAUUAGUUCAUUAUAAGAUUAAGUCAAGUAAGCAUAAUACGAAAAAGAGAAUGAAGUAUCUUUAAUAAGAUUAGAAUCUUCACAAGAAAUUAGAGAAACUUAGGAAUAAAUGAAAAGAGAGUUACAAAUUCAAUAGAAACUGUUUAAUGAUGCAUAAAAGCCAAUUCAAGAUUAGAUGAAGUAAGCAGCCUUAGAAUAACAAAAACUUAGAUAACAGAUUCAAAGAUAACAGAAUGAUAUUAAAUAGUUAGAGAAUAGAAUUGCAAGUAUAAAUAAAUGCUAUAUUUAAUAAUAGAUUUGACCAACGAAAAUUAAUAAAUAAGGAAUAAGUAAGAUCAAUAGAGAAUAGUAGAAGAUCAACUACUUAAGGAUAAAUAACUUUUAGAACAUAAAUUAUAGGACAGAUAAAAAGAAUUGGAAAAUUGGAAAGAUAAAUAUACAAAGACUACUAAUAAUAUUGAAAAAUAGGUAGAAAGAGCUGAGAGGGAAUAAAAUAGAGCUGAGGGUAAUUAAUUUUUUAAAUCAAUAAGGUUUACGAUUGGAAAUUAGUAGAAUGUAAAAGUAGUUAGAAUAGAUGGCUGAAUAAAAUAAUGGCUUGGAGAUCAAAUUGUAGAAUUCUUAGUAGGAGUCUCGGGUUCUUAAAAACUAAUUAGUUGAGGGUUUGAAAAGGGAUUGUGGAUCAGGAAUCAAAUCAAAUACCUUUAUAAAGACAAAGUGAA